CUUCCGGACAUGCGCACAGCAUUGUGCCAAGGAAUUCCUUAGCCUGGACGUGAGACAUUUUUAUUUAAGAAUGGAAGAGGAUACAGAUUUUAGAGUCAGGUUUAGUUCUUUGUGUUUCAUUACUGAUCAUGUUGGAUUUCAUGGCACUAUAAAAAGCUCACCAAGUGACUUUGUUGUUACAGAGAUUGAUGAACAGGGACAGUUAGUUAAUAAGGCCACCAAUGAACGGAUUAGUAAAGUACUACCUGAGCCAAAUAAUUUUGCCAAAAAAACAAAACUUGAUUUUCAAAAUUUAUCCUUUAAAGAGGGAAGCAACCAAGAAGUCAAUAUUGUCACUGGGUGCUCUGAUGAUGACCAAAAUCUGACUGACAUCAAGACUGAUGAGUCUGCUUCAGAAAAAGAAGAUACUAUCAAUGAUGGAACUUCCAAAGGCAAAGAAGAAAAAGUUGAUGUUUUAGGCAACUUGUUAGAUGAAAAAACUAACGAAUUACUGAAUCACUUUGCCUGUGAUAUAAAAGAGAAGUGGAAUUCUAAAACUGAGCUAAUUGGAUCAUCUCCUGAAUUCUCAUUAGGCAGAAUCCUUGACAAAAACCAGAGGGCUAUUUUGCAUAGUGCUGUUAGGCAGAAAUUCCCCUUUUUAAUAACUGUUGGUAAAAACAGUGAGAUUGUUGUAAAACCAAAUCUUGAGUAUAAGGAACUCUGUCACUUGGUAUCUGAAGAAGAAGCAUUUGACUUUUUUAAAUAUUUGGAUGCAAAGAAAGAAAAUUCCAAAUUUACCUUUAAACCUGACACAAACAAAGACCACAGAAAAGCUGUCCACCAUUUUGUCAACAAAAAGUUUGGAAACCUUGUGGAAACCAAAUCUUUCCCUGAACUCAGUUACAAUGCCGGUAAUCCAAAUGUAGCGAUAACAGUAAGAUUUCGGGAAAAAACACACAAGCACAGGAAAAGGUCUCUUUUUGAAUGCCGGGAUCAAAAAGUUAUAUACACAGCUUUUACCCUACGAAAAGAAAAUCUGGAAAUGUUUGAAGCACUUGGUUUUUUAGCUAUCAAACUUGGUGUGAUUCCUUCAGAUUUUAGUUAUGCAGGCCUAAAAGACAAGAAAGCCAUCACCUAUCAAGCAAUGGUUGUUAGAAAAGUGACUCCAGAGAGGUUGAAAAAUAUUGAAAAAGAAAUCGAAAAGAAAAGAAUGAAUGUGUUUAAUAUUCGAUAUGUAGAUGAUUCCCUUAGACUCGGUCAGCUCAAGGGAAAUCACUUUGAUAUUACCAUCAGAAAUUUAAGAAACCAAAUAAAUGAUUCUUCAAACCUGAGAGAGAGAAUUUUGGAGGCAAUAGAAAAUGUUAAGAAUAAAGGGUUUGUAAAUUACUACGGACCGCAGAGAUUUGGGAUGGGAAGGAAAGUUCACACCGACCAGAUUGGAUUGGCUUUGCUGAAGAGUGAAAUGGUGGAGGCUGUAAAAUUAUUUCUUACACCAGAAGAUUUGGAUGAUCCUGUAAAUAGAGCAAAGAAAUAUUUUCUUCAAACUGAGGAUGCUAAAGGCACACUUUCAUUGAUGCCUGAAUUCAAAGUUCGCGAGAGAGCACUGUUGGAGUCAUUGCACCGCUUUGGCAUGACGGAGGAGGGAUGUAUCCAGGCAUGGUUUUCUUUUCCCCAUUCAAUGCGCAUAUUCUACGUUCAUGCAUAUAGCAGCAAAAUUUGGAAUGAGGCAGUAUCUUAUAGACUUGCAACCUAUGGAUCAAGAGUAGUAGAGGGUGAUCUGGUCUCUUUGGAUGAAGAUGUUGAUGAUGAACAUUUCACAAAUAGUAAAGUUCAUCUAGUAACUGAAGAAGAGGAAUCAGCUAACACAUAUGCAAUACAUCAGGUGGUUCUUCCAGUGCUUGGAUACAAUAUUCAGUACCCAAAGAACAAAAUUGGGCAGUGGUACCAGGAAAUACUUAGCAGAGAUGGACUACAGACAUGCAGGUUUAAAGUACCAACUCUGAAACUCAAUGUUCCAGGAUGCUAUAGACAGAUAUUGAAACAUCCCCAUAAUGUCUCAUACCAACUAAUGGAAGAACAUGAAAUUGAUGUCAAAACUGAAGGUUCCCACAUUGAUGAAGGAACUUUAUCUCUUUUGAUCUCUUUCGAUCUUGAUGCUUCGUGUUAUGCGACAGUCUGUCUGAGGGAGAUAAUGAAGCAUGACUUUUAGAACCACUACCCUUGAUAUAAUCAUAUAUAUGUCACUCUUUAAAAGGAAGGGAGCUAAAAUUUCUUGAGCACCUGCCAUGUGCUAGGAGCCUUAUAAUUGCUAUCUCCUGUAAUUACUAAACAUCCUGGUGAAGUAGGAGUUUGAUGCUGAUGUUCUGGAGGACAUAUAGCUAGUAAGCGCAGCAUCUGAAUUCAAGACCCCAAAGCCUAUGUUCUUUUUGUCAUCUAAUGUUUCAGUGAUCUUUAUUCUGUGUUAUAAAAUUUAUAAUCUUUCUUGACUAUUCAAAACAAAUAAUACUGCAAGAUAACAU